GAUGGCGGCGGCCGCCCCCGAGCAGCAAAGCUCUAACGGCCCGGUGAAGAAGUCUAUGCGAGAGAAGGCUGUGGAACGCAGGAAUGUUAAUAAGGAGCACAACAGUAACUUCAAAGCAGGAUACAUUCCAAUUGAUGAAGACCGUCUCCAUAAGACAGGGUUACGUGGCAGGAAAGGCAACUUGGCCAUAUGUGUGAUUGUUGUUCUUUUUAUUUUGGCUGUCAUCAAUCUGAUUAUUACCCUGGUUAUCUGGGCAGUGAUAAGAAUUGGUCCCAAUGGUUGUGACAGUAUGGAAUUCCAUGAGAGUGGCUUGCUGCGGUUUAAGCAGGUGUCUGACAUGGGUGUUAUACAUCCCUUAUAUAAAAGCACUGUAGGAGGGAGACGGAAUGAAGACUUGGUGAUCACUGGGAAUAAUCAGCCUAUUGUAUUUCAGCAAGGAACAACCAAGCUUAGCGUGGAAAAAGACAAAACUUCUAUUACCAGCGAUAUUGGCAUGGAAUUUGUUGACCCACGAACACAAAAUACUUUGUUCAGCACCGACUAUGAAACUCAUGAGUUUCAUCUGCCAAAUGGAGUUAAAAUCUUGAAUGUACAAAAGGCCUCUACAGAGAGGAUUACCAGCAAUGCAACCAGUGAUCUAAAUAUAAAGGUUGAUGGUCGUGCCAUUGUCCGGGGAAAUGAAGGUGUUUUCAUCACAGGCAAGACAAUUGAGUUUCGAAUGGGUGGAAACAUGGAACUUAAAGCAGAAAACAGCAUCAUCCUGAACGGAACUGUGAUGGUCAGCCCAUCACGACUGCCAAGUUCUUCUUACGGGGAGCAGUUCAAUAACGGCAACUGGCUGCGCUUCAAGCUGUGCAUGUGUGCGGACGGGACGCUGUUCAAGGUCCAGGUGACCGGGCAUAACAUGGGCUGUCAGACCUCUGUCAACCCCUGUGGAGCCACGCACUGAACAAACUGCUGCUGGGACGGCUCUCCUUUGUGUUUACAUCGAUUUGUAUGAAGUAAUUGCAUGCCUUCCAGGGUUUCUUUUUUUACAGCAGUUUAUACUAACAUUUCUUACAUAGGAUUUUUAAGGAAAGGCUGUUACAGUCAGCAGUAUUAGGUCAUCGUGCUGUUAGCUGCAGUAGUGGCACUGAAUCUGUAAGCUUUCAGUGUACAUGCAUACUGAAGUACCUUCUUGAAUUGGGAUCAGUAGAAUAUAUGUAAAGAACAUGAUCUUGGCAACAACUCUACUGCCUACAGUUGUCACUAGAGGAGGUUUUUGUCCUACAUCCCAAGACCUUGAAGACUGCUGAGAACACAGCUGCAGUCUGAAGUACUUCAACAGGAACGUCAACUUUUUGUUGGAAAUAGAUUUCCCUAGGAUGGCUGAAGUGGCAGACUUUUCUUUCUUGUUGAUACUUGAUUUAUCCCAAACUUAGGUGGUUUACCAGCUGUGUACUAAGAGAGGUAAUGGCAGAUUCACUUUAAAAUAUCACAUUAUUUAUGCCAUGUAUUCAUUCUCACAUUGUUAAAAAAUUAUGUAUCAUAAAUAAUAUUUGCAAAGUUAUACUGAGUAGAGAAACGUAACUUGAAUUUUGAAGUAGUCUUGUGGUUAUUGAAGUGUUGCUUGAGCUUCCAUUCUAACUGUGCAGUUAAUCCAUUCUGCAGUUGCUUCAUUUACGUGAAGUACUUAUAAAACGUGUUUAUAUUAGAAGUACGUUUUUAAAGAUGUACUUACAACUUGCUAACUACCCAAAAAUAGUGUUUUCUUGGGUGCUCUAAUGUGAACAGCAUCUGAGUCCAUUACUCAAUAGGUAAUAAUCAAAGCAUAAGUGCUGCAGCAGUGUCUGAGGUCAGAUCUCUCCUUCCUCAUAAAUGUCAGUACUGAUGCAUUACUGAGAACAUCAGAAUUGAAUUCUGAAGUUAAACUGCAGGUCUGUAAUAAUAAAUGUGGCAGUUGGAUCAGGGGAAAUACAUGUGUAUCAGAAUUUGUCAGCUGUGAAACUAUGGUGAACUGGGGCCUAUUACAGCCUUCCAACUGCUUUUGCAGCAGUGAGGUGUUUUGUGCUAAAAAUAGACCAGCUAUUUAUAGGAUUCCUUCUUUCCUCACCCCAUGCAUUUCUUCAGUUUAAAAUAGCUUUGUUUUGCAGUAGCAUCGAGUAACCUUAAUGUUGGAGGUCUCAAAGUGACUUUGUAACAGCUUUUUGACAAGUUUUUUGAUAAGCACACACUUCAUUACUUAAAAAUUGUGCAAGUUUUACACAUUAACUUCAGAAUUGAUUAUUUGUUACAGGAAGAUAAACUAUCUACCCUUGUUUUACAGUACUCAAAGUACAUAGGAUUCCAUAAACACAAAUCAGCUCCUGCUAUAACAAGAAAUUCAUAGCUAAGAUCCCAAUUUCUGAAUUUACUGGCAGGCAGUAAGCACUCAUGCAGAAUGUGUAUGGGUGGAAGUGAUUUUUGGAGGGGUAGUCAUCAGUCAGGCAUUACAGCAUAUGGGGGAGGUCAGAGGAGUCGUAUUUCCCUCACUAGUCAAAGGCAAACCCAGAUUUUGAUGCUCAGUAAUUGUUGCAGUUUUGGGGCUGGACAGCAGUGGAGCUGUUCUGACAAAAUCAGAAUAAGCAGAAUGUAAUGUAGCAAAAAACACUUGAGUUCUCACAUUAUUAAGGAUUAUGGAGAAGUACUAACAUUUUGCAUACUGCCUUCAUGGACUUCAUAGUUUUAUCAGAGUUAAGAGUUACUAAAUACUUUAACACACAUUUUGCUGCUUUACACCCAUGUUUGCUGCUAAGCAGUUCCUCAAUUAGUACCUGUUCCAGUUAAGAGGAGGAAAUGAACUAAUGUUUUUAGAAUUUUCACUCUCAUGCUAAUGGAAGUUUGUUGCUUUAUUUUUAUGUAUACAAAUGCAAACACAUAUUAAAAAAUAUAAAGAGCAGUAUCCUCAAAGCUGAAGUACGUCUUGAAAAAGACAGAUACUGCCUUGGUCACAUAGGUUAAACACAUAUUAAAGCUCUUCUCUGAUUAAUAUUGACCUGCCUAUAUGCUAGUAUUGGAUUCUUGUAAUUAUCAAGAGUUCUUUUUAAAAUACUGUGUGCAAUGUACAGCUGAAAGAUUUGUCACAAAGGUACUUUUAAAUCAUGAUCUGCAGAAUUGUUUUUGAAGUGUGGAUUUUUUUUGUCAAAAUGUAGCAAAACCAAUUAUAAAAAUACCAAAUUAAAUAAAUUAUCAAUUUUGCUAGCCACUAUGUAUUGUUAAUAUAUUUUAUAUUUAUAUUACACAGUUUGAGAAAUGUUGACACCACACAGGCCUUCUGUUGAGCAUUUACUUGUUUAUCUUCUAACUGCCUAAGGUACAUUUUUCUAUAUGUAUUUAAAACAUUGAGUGGAACACUGUUUAUUUCAGUCCCACAGAUGCACUUAAGAUUCUGUGUGUAUAAAAUAUAUUAUUCUACAUGCCUCUGUAAAAUGCCAUACUGGGUAUGCUGAAACAACUUGCAUGUGAAGAGCUCUCGCCAUCUGUAAGUGUGGUGGUUGUUCCAAGAGUGAAAGGCAGUAGAAUUUCAAAUGCUUGUUUUGAAAUAAAACAAUAAAUUCUAAGAUA